AGUUCUCAAAAAUGGCUUCGCCAACGUUUCAACGACAACUUACAAUUCAACUGCCAUAUACACAUGCUCUUCUGGUUAUGAUAUGCACGGACCCUUCUUCAUAGCAUGCCUUGCGACUGGAGACUGGGAUAAACUCGAGGCGAACUGCACCAUCAAGGAUUGUGGAACUCCACCCCUGCUAACAAAUGGCGCUAAUACAUUCAUUAACACGACCGUCAACAACACCGCCAUGUAUACGUGUAACCCAGGGUAUGACUAUGUUGGAAUGAGAAACAGUCGUUGCCUUGAAAAUGGAACCUGGGGAGCACUCGAGGCUCAGUGUACUAUUAAAGACUGUCAAAAGCCGCCAGUUCUACACAAUGGCUUCCACAACGCAACAUCAACAACGUACAAUUCCACUGUCAUAUACUCGUGCAACCCUGGUUAUACCAUGUUUGGUGAGAACUCCAUCACGUGCAACGACACUGGCAACUGGAACAAACUGCUUGUCAACUGCACAAUAAAGGACUGUCAAAACCCACCAGUUCUGCAGGAUGGCUUCCACAACGCAACAUCCACAACUUACAAUUCCACUGCCAUAUACUCAUGCAACCCUGGUUAUACCAUGUAUGGUGAGAAUUCCAUCACGUGCCUCGACACUGGGAACUGGAGCGAACUGCUUGUUAACUGCACCAUAAAGGAUUGUGGAACGCCACCCAUACUGACUAAUGGUGAUCGAACAUUCCUUAACACAACCGUUAACUCUACCAUAGAGUAUACCUGUAACCCAGGAUAUGACUUGAAUGGAAUAAGCAAUAUCCAUUGCAUUGAAACAGGAACCUGGAGUAUAUUGGAGGCAAACUGCACCAUGAAAGAUUGCCAUAGCCCUCCAGUCCUAAAAAAUGGACACACCUCUGUUACCACGACAACCUACAAUUCCACUGCAAUAUACAUAUGCUCUUCUGGUUAUGACAUGCAAGGACAUAACUCCAUAGCAUGCCUUGCGACUGGAAACUGGGAUAAACUCGAGGCGAACUGUACCAUCAAGGAAUAAGGGAGGCCACUGCGUAUGAGAUUGACCAACCUCGGCGCAGUGAUUUACCGGGAACCAGCAUAGCAACGAACGACAACUCGGCGCCCGACAACUCUGUAAUAAAAAUUGCCAAUUUUCGCGGUUAAACUUAAAAAGGAAAAGAAAGCCAAUGAGUCCAUGUCAACUGCUGACAGUGAAGAGCCAGGCAGUCUGACCCAUGAUAGGAGGGAGCCAAGUGAAGAGCCAGCCAGUCUGACCCAUGAUAGGAGGGAGACAAGUGAAGAGCCAGCCAG